GGGGGUCACUCCCCCCAAGUGGAGACAAACACGGCUUGCGCUUGGUUCAUCCAUGAUUUUCCAUGGAUGGACCGGACAUGGACGUGACACGAGCGCUCGGCAAGCUCCGUAUGGCCUCUGGCGUCUCACGCGGCGACGGAGCAGAUGUGGCGUUGCGAUGCUGCUGUGCUUCUCCGUCUUGCUGUGUUUUAGAGCCAGGGCUUUUCUCGAAGUGGAGGCGCUGAGCACGUUCGUGCACGACCAUCAGCGGUUGAGAAAGGUGCUUCUGCUGACUUGUUUUAUUUUGGUGGACACUGGGCAAGCCUUCAUCAGUGAUUGGGCUGAACGCCGCACUGACCCUGCAGAUGCAAAGCAUGGCAACAGGUAUGUGCGGCAAAGCCUGUUGGUCUUCGAAGCAGCAUUAGCGAUUGGCUUCGGUCUGGGAAUGCAAUGGGCCACGUCCGGCCUCGCAGGGAUUCGACUCUGCUUCAACUGGUCCAAAUUUCUGGAAUUUCUUCCAAACUGUAUGUGCUUCAGCGUUGGCAUCUCAUUGAAGAUGAGAGCUCUGCGAUAUUACAACGCUGGAACGAUCAAGAUCUUCGGUCAACUGCGCAUGCCCAUGCUGGCAAUUCUGUCCACUUUAUGGUUGCAGCAUCACUACAGCUUUGCCAAGUGGCAAGCCAUUGGAAUUCUGACGGUCAGCUGCUUUGCCUAUAUGCAUUUGAAGGAGCAAGGCAGAGGCCACAAUCAACUUCGCUGCAGCAGAGAGCUGUGUCUGCUCUUGGGUUGGGUGUUGCUCAACAGUUGUGGUGGUGUGCUGGCGGAGCGAGCUUACAAAACUGGAGAUUUGCCGUUCUUUGCCAAGUUCGUUUCUGAAGAUUUCAGCUAUUUCCUGAUUCACGCCAUUCUUCUGAUUGUGAUGGCCAUUUUCGAUCCUUCAGAGAACUUCUGCGAUCGUGAACAACGACCUGGUGGCUUUUUUGAUGGUUGGGAUCGCCGCACUUUGGCAUUGGCGCUGAUGCUCCUGCUGGAUGCCACGGUGGGAAAUUUGCUGCUGCAGGAAUUUUCGGCCUUGACCAAGUGCAUCACCAAGGACUUGGAUGUUAACGAGCGAGUUGGGGAUAUGCCCAAACUGGCGGUCUGACGAUGAAACGAAUGUGGAUUCAAACAUCGGAAACUUCGGAG